UUAUUUAAAAAUCUAAAAAAAUGUCCAAAAAUCCUCCUUCUGUUACCACCAACAAUAACCACGUUGAAGAUGACGAUGUUGACAAUGUCAAAAAAGUGCCCAAAGAAGAUGCCCAGGCUGAUAAGCAGGCUGCUGCCGAUUUGGAAAAGAGAAGCUGUCAGUGAGAUUUCUAGAGAGUCUUUGGGAAAUUUGAAGAUGGCACAACCUGAGCAGAAAAAUUUUACUAUUAAGAGGGACGAUAUUCAACUUAUUAUGCAAGAAUUGGAAGUUCCCAGAAUUGUUGCCGAAGCAAAAUUGAUUCAAUAUGAGGGGGAUUUGAGAGCGGCAAUUUUGGAUUUGAUUGAUUGCAAUUCUUUGUUGAAAUAGGAAGAAGUAUAUAUUUUUUUGAUUUAGAGGUAUUAUUUUUAGUGUUAUUUUUGCAUUAGAUUGAGUCACAGUCAAAAAAUGCUUGGGCCUGGAUUCUGGGUACAGGAAAAAUCCAGGCCUUUGUCCAGACCCAGGC